AUAACACUUUAGAUUAAUAUUAAUCGUAGAUAUCAUUAGACCAACCACUAUAAUAGAUUAUCGUUAUUUUGCCGCAAAGAGGUAGAAAAUAGAAGUAGAAAAUUUGUCAAUCUUUCAAGCUCUCAUUUAGAAAAAGGAGACAAAAAUCAUCUUCAUAUAUAUCUCUAUAAAUGUCACAUUCUUCAAGUGGCAAUAUAACAAGAGUUUGUUUCAAAUUUUCAUUUUGAAAAUUAUGUUCUGGUAUUUGAAAAAUUUUCCUAUUGUUCCUAUUGGGUCAGUCGAUGUUGCGUAGUAUCCUCUCUUUCCCCUGCGCCGCUUUCAGGUCUUGUGAAUCCCAGAAUCCAUUGUAAAGUUUUAAUCAGUUUUAAUCAAGUGUGUCUAUAGCCGUGGUUUUCAUUUGAUAGGUUAGAAUAUUUAUGUUGAUUUUUAAAUAUCUUUUAUACAAUGCCACUUAUUAUUAUAACCGGUAUACCGUGCAGUGGUAAAACAACGCGAUGUACCGAAUUAAAAGAAUAUUUCGAAAAUAAGGUAAACAAGAAAGUAGAAAUUAUUCAUGAAACCGAUUUUGUGUCUAAAGCAGGCUUUGAUAAAAAUACAUUUUAUGCUGAUUCUAAAAAGGAAAAGAGUGUUAGAAGUGACAUAAAGUCAGCAGUACAGCGAGUGCUAAAUGCAAAUGACGUGUUAAUAAUUGACGGUAGUAAUUACAUUAAAGGAUAUCGUUAUGAAAUUUAUUGUAUGACAAAGUUGUAUAAAACUCCUCAGUGUACAAUACAUUGUGAUAUACCAGUUGAACAUGCUUGGUUGUGGAAUGAAAAACGACUAGAAUGUGAACAAUAUAGUAGAGAAAUUUUUGAUGCAUUAGUAAUGAGAUAUGAAGCUCCGGAUAAUAAAAAUCGAUGGGAUACCCCAUUGUUUGCUCUGUCAGCAGAAGAUGAACUGAAUUUUGAUGAAAUUUAUAAAUCAUUGUAUGAAGUGAAAGCUCCAAAACCAAAUUUAAGUACUCAGUGUCCACCCUUGUCAUCAACAAAUUAUUUAUACGAUUUGGAUACAGUAACACAAGAAGUUGUUAAUGCAAUACUGUCUGCUAAACAAUUGGGUAUUGAGAAUGAAUUUAAAAUACCAAAAUAUAACUUAACAGUCCAAAACCCGUGUACUGCAGCACAGCUUAUGAGGCUACGAAGACAGUUCUUAACUUAUAGUAAGAUGCAACAAAUUGAAGUUAAUCAAAUUGCAGCAUUAUUUGUACAGUAUCUUAAUAAAAGUUUGUAAACAGAA